UUUCGCUCCUCACAGCAGCAGCAGCAGCAGCAGCAGUAGCAGCAGCAGGACGGUCCAGAGGAGAGCAGUCGGCACCAGAGAUCACACACCAGCUUCUACAACUGAAGCGUGAGCCAGUGGGACAGCCAUGGAGGACACCCUCACCUGCAGCCAUGCCACCUUCUCCCAGGUGUUUGGACGCCAGGGGCAGCUCAUGCAAGCCACGGUCCAGUCUCUCAACAGCCUGAACGACCAGAUUGCUCAGUUCAUGGUGGGGAGACCUUGUAGCCUGGCUCACGAGGACGAGGCCUUCAUGCCAGGAGAGAGGGACACCUUGAAGAAGUCCAUGACUCUGAUGAGACACCUGCUCGUGGAUGCUCAGGGAAAAAUUCUUAAAAUGAUGGAAGACAACAAACAGCUGGCUCAGAGGAUUGAUGGGGCCAUCCAGUCCGCCAGUCAGGAAGUGACCAACCUCCGCUCCGAGCUCUCCGCCACCAGCCGCAGACUGGCAGAGCUGGGCGCCAGCAGCCCCCCUGCCUUGGAGAACCACCACCAGUACAACCACCACGAUGACAGCCUGCACUACCGGGAUCCAUCAGUGCACCACAGACAGAAGACGAUGGUGACGGACAUGUGCUACCCGACAGAGAUAUCCAGCCUGAUGGACUUUGGCACCCAAGACUGCUCGCUAGGCAAAGUGUUGUUGCGUGAGGAGGUGGCCCAGCUUCAGGAGGAGGUCCACCUGCUGAGGCAAAUGAAGGACAUGUUAAGUAAGGACCUGGAGGAAACCCAAGGAGGCUGCUCUGCAAAUCUGCUCUCCGCCACCGAGCUCCGUGUGCAGCUGGGUGACAAGGAGCAGGAGCUGGACCGAGCCAAGGAGGCCUUACAAGCUAUGAAAGCUGACCGUAAGCGUCUAAAAGUGGAGAAGGCAGACUUGGUGAGUCAGAUGCAGCAGCUGUACACAACACUGGAGAGCAGAGAAGAGCAGCUGCGAGAGUUCAUACGCAACUACGACCAACACCGAAAGGAGAGUGAGGAUGCAGUGAAAGCCCUGGCAAAGGAGAAGGACAUGCUGGAGAGGGAGAAAUGGGACCUGAGGAGGCAGACCAAAGAAGCCACAGAACAGGCCAACGUCCUGCGUUCUCAGAUGGACAUGAAGGAGAACAGGGUCAAAGAACUGGAGGCUGAACUCACCAUGGCCAAGCAGUCUCUGGCCACCUUGACUAAAGACGUACCGAAGCGCCACUCGGUGGCGAUGCCCACGGAGCCCGUGGUGAACGGCAGCCAGGAGUGGGUGAUGCAGGCCGACCUGCCGCUCACCGCCGCCAUCCGUCAGAGCCAACAGACGCUGUACCACGGACACACCACGGACAGACAGGCUGUGGUCAGGAUCAGCCCCUGCCACUCUCGCCAGCCGUCUGUCAUCUCCGACGCCUCGGCAGCCGACGGAGACCGCUCGUCCACGCCCAGCGACAUCAACUCACCUCGCCACCGGACCCACUCCCUCUGCAAUUCCAUGGAGGACCUGGAGGACCAGAAGCGUAAGAAGAAGAAGGAGAAGAUGACUCUGGGAUCCCUGUCGCGGGUGUUCGCUCGAGGCAAGCAGCGCAAGUCACUGGACCCCGGCCUGUUUGAUGGUACAGCCACCCCUGAUUAUUACAUAGAGGAGGAUGCCGACUGGUGAUGCUGAGUGUGUGUGUGUGUGUGUGUGUGUGUGUGUGUGUGUGUGUGUGUGGAGAUCCACCUGGCUUUAACUGUGUGUAAAGAGUGUUUUGUGUGUGGGUCUGUCUGGAGGGGGGAGGGGGGCAAAUUUUAAAAAGAAAAGCCUAAAAGAGACUGCUAUCCCCAUAAAUGUACAGUAUAUUACCCUUAAAUUGUAUGUUUGUAAAUUAGAUAUAUAUUUAUAGAUGUACAUGUAUGCAUAUGUAUAUAUGUUUACAUGCAUAUAAAUAUAUACAUGGGGUUAUUAUUAUUAUGUGUAGACAUGUUUAUGCUGUAUUAUCUUCCAAAUGUCUUAAUGUUUUAUGUUUUUUAUAACUGGAGACUUGAAGGACUGCUGUUCAUAUGUAAAUAGGAGUUAUUGUGAAACUAGUGUUUUUACUGUAAAUGUCAUUUGGAUUUUGUUACUUACAGUUGCUUUUAUCAUGCUUUGCAACAUUGAUUUUCCUUCUUAUUCCCAGUUUUACUUGGCCCAUUUCUUAUUACGAAAGAGGAGAUAUUAGCUGAUUGGCUCAAAAGGAAAUUGGAGUUUAACUGACCAAAAUUGUGUUGUUUUAUGAAAAGUAGAACUUUGUUUGAGAGGUGCAGGAUUGCCAUAAUGUUCAUUUUAUGAAUGCUGUCUUGCAGUAUUUAAACAUAUCACCAUGUGGACAGCAGUUUUUUCCUGAAGGCUUUAUGCUAAAUAUUAUUUUAUGAGAUUUUUUUUACUUGGCCAACAAGGGUUUUUGAGUCAAUCUUCCUUUCAGAAAAAAAAAAGUAAUUGCACGAAUCAGAAUACACCAACAAAAGAUGAACAGUAAUCCAUAUUCAGGCGCACCACUCGUCUGCUGUCGAAACCAUGUGCAGGUGCCAAAGGUUGAACACUCAUCGCUAGAAAAUCUGCGAAUCAUUCUGUCACUGUUAGCACUAGCCUCGUAGCAUUGUUUAUGUCUGACUCAUUUCUUACUGAGCACUAUCUAACAUGUGCCAAUAUGAGACGAAGGAAUGUGCAUUAAACACCUGCAUGAUCCCUGUGUUGCUUUGAUUAGAUGUCCAUUCAUUGCCAAUCAAAUUAAUAAUCUCCACAAUCCUGUGUUGCUCCUGUGUUACCUUUUCCCCUUUUUGCUCAGCUAUCUUCCUUGCAUUAUGAAUGCACGGUCCCUUUUUUAUUUUUUUUUUUUUAUUUUUUUCCUGUUUUUGUUUUGUGUAGAAUCCCUCCUCAUUUCUUGCAAAUGUGGCUCUAAUAAUGUUAAAUGCUUUGUAAUUUAGAAAAUGUUGCAUAAAAGAUUUAAAUCUAUUGAAGUAUUUUAUUUAAAAAGAAAAAAACGACAAAGAAGAGGUAACUUCAAAUAUUUAUCUGCUGCAGCUGUUGCGGCCAGAUGUCGAGGAGGUUUUAGCAUUUUCAAAAAUGAAUUAUAAUUGAAAUGAAAUCUUAUUUUAAAAAUAAAACUAGUAACUGAA